AUGGCCUCAUCUUCCUCCCGACCUGAAGUCGAACUAGACGACUUCGACGAAAAGACCAUCCCCCAGCAUAACCAGGACAUCCUUUCAGAAGACCCCCUCAACACCUCGCAUCAAGACGCCGCACUACAUCGAGACUCUCCCACCACCACAUCAUCUCCACGAAAUACCGACUUCCUCACCGGACUGCGAGGCCUAGCAGCAUUCCUCGUCUUCUUCUACCACCACCUCUCCUGGUUCUACGACCCGCGCGACGACCUUCUCUUCGGCUACGGCGCGGGACCCAAUGGCCUUCACUCCCUGUUCCAACUCCCCUUCUUCCGCGUCUUCUUCACGGGCGGGAAUGCGGCGGUUGCGAUCUUUUUCGUGCUUUCGGGAUAUGUUCUCUCCAUCUCACCGCUGAAGAAAUUGCGGGAUGGCCAGCUGCAGAAGACGUAUACCAGUCUUAUAUCCUCCACCAUCCGUCGUCCCUUCCGCCUCUUCAUCCCGCCGGCAGCAUUCAGUCUCAUCUUCGCACUCUGGAUGCAAGCUCCCUUUGGCCUUGCACCGAAGUUAGGAUUUCCUGAACCGGAGGCGAACAUCUUCGCAGAGCUAUCGCGCUGGAUCUGGGAGAUCACUCGCCUCAUCAACCCCUUCGUCGGACACGGCCAGCAAGAUCACUGGUUCGUCUACAACCCACCGGCCUACACGAUCGCCACCGAAUUCAAAGGCAGCAUCAUCGUCUUCUUCCUUCUCGCACUCUACAGCCGGGUCCCUCCCAGUAUCCGCAUGGCUCUCUUCAUCGUCACAGGCCUGGUUUGCAUGGGGACAUACCAAUGGUCCACAGCCUGCUUCAUGUGGGGCGUCACCUUAGCCAUGAACGACCAAGAACUCUACGACCAUACACUCCUCCCCCGACAAAUUUCUCCCCUGGGAAAGAGCGUUAUCCACCAUAUCUCCUUUCUCACAGGCUGGCUCCUCCUCUGCCAACCCGCUGGAAUCCGCGAACUCCAAGUCUCAUCCAACACCCUCGGCUUCGGAUUCCUCACCUCCCUAAUCCCCAAAGCCUACGCGGAAAACGAGUACUGGCGCUGGUGGCAAUCCUGGGGCGCGCUGCUCCUAGUCUACGGCGUGCUUCGCAUCUCCUGGCUGCAGCAUUUCUUCUCAACGAAAGCACUUCAAUACCUCGGUCGGAUCAGUUUCUCACUAUACCUCAUCCACAUGCCCAUGAUCUGGACGCUGUCGGAUAAAGUGUAUCGAACAUUUGGGAGACAGGUGCAGCCGGAGAUUACGUCCUGGCUGGAUAAUUUGCUGGUGAUACCGGAUUUUGGGAUUCAUGGACUUACGACGAGGUUUUUGGUGUCGUUGGCGAUUAUUGUGCCGAUGAACAUGGCGAUAGCGCAUGUGGGGACGGUGUUUUUGGAUGAGCCGAGUGUUACGGUGGGCAGGCGGAUUGUUACGAGGUUGGGGAUAGAAGGGAAGAGGUGA